CCGGCUACGUGCCCCUCUGUUCAGGCGGGCUUGUUGAAAACAUAACAGGUCUUCCAUUCCGUUAGCUGUGUUAUAAAAAGUGCAAUUAAUUUGAUAUUUAUACGCGUGGUUUAUCUUAGGUGGAUAUAUUUAUUCAGUGGCUUAACGAACAAAUGUUAGCAUUCAGAUCAAUGUCCAUUAAGCUAGGUCAGCAAACACAAGCUUUGUUGUUGGUGUUGACAUAACAGCUAGCUGUUGAGGUUCGCUAACUGAAUAAAAGGCGUUUUAAACUCUUAACUUCUACAAGCAAUGGACCGACCAGCAAGGAAGAGCAAGGUUGUGAAUUACUGUGAAGCCCAGGACUUUGACGAUGAUGAAGAUUUUGCCUGUGCGAAGGCUCCACCCAGUAAAAAGGCGAGAGAAGACGUGAAGCAGGAGCACAAGAGACCAUCAAGCAGGUCAUCCAGUCAGGAGUCCAACAACUCUCAAAACGCUAUGAGCCAGAAAAGCAGGAGACCACUGGAUGAGCGAUUACAUGAUCGAGAUCUAGAAGCAGCAAUAGCUCUAUCCUUGCUCAAUAAUACACAUGAGAAACAGGACACAUCUCUGAUUACUAAAGCAGAUGUCAAGGUUCAAGGGCCAGUAGAUGAAAACACAGAUCCAUCUUCUCUUCACAUUUCAAACUGCAGCGUGGAUGCAGCAGUUUUGGGAUUGGAUGAAAUCACACCAGAGAAAGAGUCACAUGCUCCAUCCAGACAAAGAAAAGCUGCCGCUGUUGAGCAGAAAAAAAAGGCAAAUGAUGAAGAUGAUGACUAUGAGCCCAAAAUGACACCAGAUUCAGACAGUGAUGAAGAAUUCAGUGAGCCGUCUGAGAGUGAAGACGAGGAGUUCACAGUGAAGAAGGCGAGCAAAGCAAAAAAGAAAGAGAAAGUUACCAAGGCCAAACAGCCCCAGGCUGCUGCCAAGAAAGAAAAGCAGCCAGCGAAACCAUUGAAAACCAAAUCACAGGCAGCAGCAGCUUCGCCACCAGUGAGGAGUCCUUCAACUGCAAAACCAGCACCCAAAAGACCCACUCCAACAUCUGCGGUCUCAAAGUCAAAACCCAUAAUGUCUUCGAGUCCAGCAGGGGGCAGAAUACCUAAGUGGAACCCACCAGGUCAAAUUGGUCGAAGUCCCACCUCGUCCAACGCUCCAGCAGGAAAGUCUCCAGGUCAGGGUCUGCGGCUCGGUCUGUCCCGUCUGGUCCGAGUUAAACCUCUGCAUCCAAGCGUUACAAGCCACUGACUGAUCAUCUGAGGUUGCUCCUGACUGUGUAAGCUUAGGGCAGAUUUGUUAUCCUUUACCUUAAUUCCUCAUUUUAAAAAACUAUGGUUAUAAAUAGUCAGAAUCACUUUACAUACUAAAGGAUUUUCAUGAUACUUUUUAUAUGAAGCUGUGGGCCAGUGUGCUCUUUUAGUGUAAUUUGGUCAAAUAUAGUAGGAAAAAGUCCACAACAGAGACUGUCCUUUUCACUUUUCAUGAGUGCUGGUGUCUGGAGAUUAUUUCUUCAUCAGAUUUUUUUUGUUGGUUUUGUUCUUCUGAGUGUGAGUGAGUGUUUGUGGGUUUAAAUCAGAUUUUUCCCGCUUUGUCCCAUUGUGAGUUCAGACUGUAUAUUAUGUACAUACAUGAAAAUAAAAAUUAAAAGAAG